AUGAUGGAAUAUUCUUCAGCAUAUCCUUCAACAGCUAUUAAGAAGCCUACAAAAAUUCUACCAAGGAUUCAGCUUGAUGAUGAUUCUGAUUUGAUCGAUGAAGAUAGUUUAUUGACUGAGGAGGAUUUGAAGAAACCUCAGCUACCAGUUGGUGAUUGUGAAGUUAGAGGCACAAGGAAAGCUUGCAAGAACUGCACUUGUGGUAGGGCCGAAGCAGAGGAGAAAGUAGAGAAACUGGGAUUGACUUCAGAUUUGUUGGAAAACCCUCAAUCUGCAUGUGGCAACUGUGGCCUGGGAGAUGCUUUUCGGUGCAGUAUGUGCCCAUACAAGGGUCUACCAGCAUUUAAACUUGGGGAGAAGGUGUCACUAUCUGGAAAUUUCCUUGCUGCCGAUAUAUGAUUUUUUUUUUUAGGGUCGGGGGGUGGGGGAUUGAUAUACUACGGGAUGUAUUUUUGAACUUAUGUUGAAUGGUUUGGUCAAAGGGAUAAUUUCUUAUUAGUCUUCUUCUACUUAAAGGAGAAAUAUAGGUGAUCAGGCAAAACCAAUUUUAGUUGCAGGUGUCAACCACUUUUCCAUUAUGAUAUUGACUUAGAAACUAAUAAACAAUUUAAUUUUAUCAAUGGGCAGUCAUGUUUUCGGAAGCCUAGAUGAGCAACCAUCAAUAUAUAUACAUAUUGCUUGUUAUCUAUGAAUUAGAUUUUCUAAGCUCCAAAAGCCUGGACCACCUCUUGUCUAUAGAUGCAGCGUUCUGUGCACCAAUAUCUGCAAUGAACAUUUCUCAAUUAGUCCCAA